AUGGCAUCCACCACAUCUACAGCAACCACACCAGCCCAGACCAGCCCUACCCACCACGACGAAGCCUCCCUCCCGCAUCACAUUAAACCCGGCUCCAACGCCACAACUUCUCAAUCCACUGAAGCCGACGUAUCUAUCCAGGACGGCCGCCGCAAUUCCUUGGGCGAACCCCUACAAUCCUCAGUCGAAACGUGGAAACCGAAUCUUGUUAGAAAUCAAAGUUGGAAUCAUCAGGAUUUGAAGAGAUUACAUGUUGAAGCGGGUCUGAAGAAGGAGGAAUGGAAUAAUGAUGAGGGUGUGGCGGGGUUGGGAUAUAGUUAUGAGGAUGGAGAGAAUAGGAAGAUGUAG